UUUUUUGUUGUUUGUCUCCGUUCCCAGCCGUGCACCCCUGAAUCCAGUCACGAAUCAGUCAAAACUCGGCCGAAAAUCCGCAUUGUUAACCCCAAAUCAAAAUGGAGAGAGACCAUAUCUUUAGACCCAUUUCUACCAUACUUGAUGGUACAAAUUAUAUCACAUGGGCAAAUCAAAUGAAAAGUUUUCUUAUUGGAAGAAAACUAUGGCGCAUUGUAACUGGCGACAUCACCAAACCAACUGCAAAGGAAGGGGAUAACACAUUCAUUGAACGUCUCGAAGAUUGGGACAGUAAAAAUCAUCAAAUUAUCACCUGGCUUGGUAACACCUCUAUUCCCGCUAUACAUGCACAGUUUGAUGCCUUUGAUGAUGCUAAAAUAUUAUGGGAUUUUUUGUCUACACGCUUCAAGUCUAUUGGUUUAGCCCAUUAUUACCAACUGCACAGUACACUUGUAAAUCUAAAUCAAGAUUCUGGUCAGUCUGUUAAUGAAUAUUUGGCAGUUCUUCAACCCAUUUGGACUCAACUUGACCAAGCGAACAUCAGCAAAGAUCAUCUUCGCCUUAUUAAAGUCCUUAUGGGAUUACGUCCAGAAUAUGAAUCUGUUAGAGCUGCUUUACUACACCGGAAUCCCUUACCCUCAUUAGAUGCAGCUAUUCAAGAAAUUCUGUUUGAAGAAAAGCGUCUUGGCAUCAACUCUACUAAACAAUCUGAUGUUGUCCUUGCUAGCACAUACACUCCCAACAGAGCCGCAAAUAUGUUUUGUAAGAAUUGUAAGCUCUCUGGUCACAAAUUUAGUAACUGUCCUAAAAUAGAGUGCAGGUACUGCCAUAAACAUGGCCACAUUCUGGAUAACUGCCCUACCAGACCACCCCGACCUCCUAGCACUUCCACAAAAGAGAAAAUUUUUACCAAACAUGGUUCCUCAUCUGUUGUUGCUGCGACCUCGGAUGAUUCAUCCCCAUUCAGAUAAGUGAUCUUCAGAGCUUAUUGAAUCAACUAAUUUCAUCAUCCUCCGCUCUGGCUGUUUCAUCAGGUUCAGGAUCCGCAGACGGGACAGACGAUUGGAACGGGUCGCAAAGUGGGAAGAUUGUUUGAGCUCACAUCACUUCGGAUUUCAUCUCCUUCUUCCAUCUCUGCUUCGGUCACUGAUUCUGACACAUAUCAGUGGCAUCUUCGUCUUGGUCAUGCUUCCUCUGAAAAACUUCGUCAUUUAAUUUCUGUUAACAAUUUGACUAAUCUUACUAAAUUUGUUCCUUUUAA